GAAUGGGGGAAGCGCGGCCCAGCUUCUAACCCACACCGAAGUUUGACUGCUGCGCCUGGCGGCUGUCCUGUACCCCUGCUCGGCCAUCUACCUCAUUCACUGCCGGAAUGAAGGGAGGCGUCCUGCAUUGCCGCUGCUCAAAAUGUUUUGCAGCUCCUCCCAAACGGCGAGUGAAACGACGUCCGCGGCUCCUGACGCUGCUUGGCCUCCCGGAGGAUGUCCUUCUCUAUAUCCUCGAGUGCCUUCCUGUCGUGGACAUACAAUCCAUUCGCGAUGUUCAUCCUCACCUGAGGUCCUUGGUGGACACUCAUUGUAGUGUAUGGGCUCGAGCGUGCUUCCAAGAUAUAUGGCCAUCUUCGGAAAAUCUGCAUCUGUUUGAACGGGCCUCAGAAUGUGGAAAUUUCGAAGCCUGUGUGAAGUUGGGAAUUGCCUACUUGUACAACGAAGGCCUGUCUAUGUCCGAUGACGGUCGGGCUGAAGUGAACGGAUUAAAAGCCUCGCGUUUCUUCAGUUUGACGGAAAGGCUGAACUCUGGGGCAGGCCCCUUUGUUUGGUUGUUUAUUCGCCCGCCUUGGUCUACCUCAGGAAGCUGCUGUAAGGCUGUGGUGUUUGACAGCUUGAAGGAGGAAUGCCAGGGUGACUCCAAGGAAGAGGUUGUGAUGGGGCCUCUCCGAGGAUCUUUACAGUAUUGUUUGGCCAAGGUGCUAAGCUUGUUUGAGGAUGAAGAGAAGAAGAGGGAAGCUUUAGGAUUUCUAGAAGCUUCGGCCUCUCAUGGCUGCCUGCACAGCUCCUUCCUCUUGUGGGAAUCGAAGCAGAAAUCUGCAUUAUCUGACCCCGGAAGAUACCUACAGAGCCUGCGGCAGUUGCGAGAUUAUGCGGCGCGGGGUUGCUGGGAUGCACAGAUUUCUCUGGCUAAAUCCUGUGGGCAAAAAAGUCAGUUUGGCCAGGAGCGGACAACCUCUGACCUUGUAUCUCAAGUCUUUCAGUCAUCUUUCCCCAUCAACAAAGCUAGCAUCUUCACCAAGCAAAAGGGCAUGAAUGACACUAUGCGGUACAUCCUAAUAGACUGGCUGGUAGAAGUGGCUACAAUGAAAGACUUCUCCAGUCUCUGCUUGCACAUGACUGUAGGUCUGGUAGAUCGAUACUUGAAGCUACGUACAGUUCCGCGCGCUCGUCUCCAACUUGUGGGCAUUGCCUGUAUGGUGAUCUGCACCCGAUUUAUUAGCAAGGAGAUCCUGACAAUCCGUGAAGCCGUAUGGCUUACCGAUAACACUUAUAAAUAUGAGGAUCUGGUACGGAUGAUGGGAGAGAUUAUAUCUGCGUUGGAAGGAAAAAUAAGGAUGCCCACGGUUAUCGACUACAAGGACGUCCUUUCCCACCACAUCUCAUUAGACCGAGGCACCCUGCACCUUUGCAGCUACAUUUCCGAGCUGUCACUGCUGUUCACAGAACUUUCUGUGUAUUCUCCAGCCCAGCUAGCUGCCGGCGCGCUGCUGCUAGCGAGGAUCCUGCACAAACAAGCACUUCCAUGGCCAGCUCAGCUGGUAGAGUGUACGGGUUUCACCCUGGAACAUUUGACCCCCUGUGUGCUGCUUCUGCAUAAGAAAUGUUUCCACGAUGAUGCACCAAAAGAUUACCGGCAAGUGUCUCUGACUGCUGUGAAGCAGAGGUUUCAGAAUGACCUCUAUGGCAAUAUUAGUGAAGAAAAGCAGGUGAUGGACUACAGCCAGCUGUGUGCCUUGCUUGGGGUGUCCCUCCAAGAUGUAGAAAGCCCGGCAUCCUCUCCUAGUUGCGCGGACAUCCAUCCCUUCCUGUGCUCACCUGCUGGGAACAAAACGAAAAGACGCAGAGAAGAUGGCUUACAAGAAGAUCGGGGCAGUUUUGUGACCACUCCCACCGCUGAGCUGUCCAAUCAAGAGGAAGCACUGCUCGGCGACUUCUUGGAUUGGAGUCUCGAUACUUCGUGUUCAGGCUAUGAAGGUGACCGGGAGAGCGAAGGUGACCGGGAAGGAGACAUCACUGCGCCCAGUGGAAUUCUGGAUCUCUCCCUCAUCCAUGCAGAUCACACGCACUGCCAUGACUCCAGCGAUGAGGACACGACCAACGUCCCAGCAGUGCCAACAACCAAAUCAAACCUCACCAGCCCUUUCUUAAAAAUGGGCGCAGACAAUAGUUCCGGCUACUCCUCAGUAAGCAGUGCGGGGAGCCCUACCUCAUCUCCCAAUGGUCCUCCCUGCACCCCGACACCAGGACUGUCCAGCAGCAAACUGGUUCCUAUCCCUUUUCCCCAGCCAAGUCCAUCAGAUUUCAAAGCGGUCCGAAGACAAGUGAAAAGAAAGAACCAAGCGCAGCAUAGCGAUGAAAAUGUGACAGAUGCCUUGUAAAUAGACCCCUCCUCACCCCCUGUACAAAGAAAUAUAGAAAUAUAUAUAUUUUUGUC